CGCCAGGCCAUCCGAAGGCCUUUCUCUCGCCGCUGGCUGUCUCCCGGCCUCUCCACAAUGCCGAAAAGCCGUAGACCACCGACAUCUGGCUAUGCCAGAAUCGCGCAAGCGGAAGAGGAAGAGGAGGAAGAUGGCCUGCACGAGCAGUCGGAUGAGGACUACCAUCACGGCACCGUCCUAGACUUGCAGUACACCCGAAUACAACCCAACCGUAGCUCUCGGAUGCGUAUGCCUGGAAGUUCCAGUGAUGCGUCUCCCAAGCUCCGAAGAAUGAGCUUCGGGCGCAGACACCGUAGCAACUCGGGAGUUGACAUUAAGGCGAUCAACGCGAGAUUCGAGCGAUGGGCCGAGGAGAUAGCCCAGAAAUUCAAAAUCAAGAAGUCGAAAGGGAGGCCGGAGGAAGAGCCGCUUGAGAUACAUCAUUCCGUCUUCCAGGCACCGGACUGGAUCCGACCCGCCACCGCCGAAACUCUCACAUUCGACUACGAUGCCUCCGACCGUAUGACUUCGUUACAAUUCGAGGAGAUUGUGGAAAGUGUCAGGCUAGCUAUUGAAAUGGGCACACAUCCAAAGCUCAUUUCGCAAGGCAGCUCUGGAAGUUAUUUUGCGCGGAACACUCAGGGGAAGGUUGUGGGCGUCUUUAAACCCAAAGAUGAGGAACCAUACGCGUCAAGAAACCCGAAAUGGACGAAGUGGAUACAUCGGAACUUAUUUCCGUUCUUCUUUGGGCGCGCAUGCCUUAUCCCUAACCUCAGCUACGUCUCCGAAGCUGCCGCGUUUGUCCUCGAUACACAGCUCCGCACCAACCUCGUCCCUUAUACCGACAUUGUCGCCCUCUCCUCCAAAUCGUUCUACUACGACUUUUGGGACCGUAGGGCUUACUAUAGGAAGAAGAAGCCGCUGCCAGAGAAGGUUGGCAGCUUUCAGGUUUUCUUGAAGGGCUACAAGGAUGCCAACAUCUUCUUGAAGGAGCAUCCCUGGCCAGAUCAACAUAACUCGGGCCUUCGGACGGAAGCGGCGUCCCGGAAGAAGAGGAGGAGAUGGGCGGAGGAUUGCAGACCCGGGGGACCACAGACGGACAACGAGGAUGAGCGGCCAAACGCAGAGGAAACGCACCAGAGGAGAGAGUUUUGGACAGAAAGCCUUCAGCAGUCAUUCCGGGAGCAGCUUGAGAAGCUAGUUAUUCUGGAUUACAUUAUGCGCAAUACCGACAGAGGCCUUGACAACUGGAUGAUCAAGAUCGAUCCAAAGACGGAGCAGGUCAGCAUUGUGGCAGAACCACCACACACGAACGUAUCCGCAGGAGGUGAAAAUGAGCCAAGCCUCUACACCAAACAGUCCAUGUAUGAGCAAGACCCGUACAAGCGGCAAGAGCCAAUGCGAGCAACAAGCCGAUCAGCGACACCGUUGCCUGAUACGUCGGGGCCCAGUGUUUCUAUAGGGGCCAUCGACAAUAGCCUGUCAUGGCCUUGGAAGCACCCUGAUGCUUGGCGAAGUUAUCCAUUCGGCUGGCUGUUUCUGCCUGUCUCUCUCAUCGGCCAGCCGUUCUCCGAUGCCACUCGCCGCCACUUCCUGCCGCUGCUCACAUCGAAGCAAUGGUGGAGCGACACGCAAUUGGCGCUUCGGAAAUGCUUCUCGCAAGAUGCAGAUUUCAAAGAGCGCAUGUUUGCAAAGCAAAUGGCUGUGAUGAAAGGGCAGGCAUGGAAUGUGGUGGAGACUCUCAAGACGACCGACCAUGGACCACUGGAGCUGACACGUAGGGCUAGAGUUUGCGUAUGGGAUGAUCUAGUGGAUAUCCCCAUCGCGGUGCCCUUACGUGCCCCAUCAGCAGAGAUGCGGCGUAAGCAAGAGCAGGAUGAACAUCGCCACCGGUCGGCGCCCGAACACGAAGAGAUGGACAUUACCGCACUUUCAAAGCCGCCACAACAACCGCAGUCCGAUCUCCUUCUCAAUUCCCCACCCCUGGAGCUUGCGAAUGAGAAUCGCUUCAACCUCUCUCGCCAAGGUAGCUCCAUGAAUGUACAUGACCGAGAGCAACCUAUAGCGCAAGCAACGCCCUGGAAGUCUCUUGGUGUCAAUGGCGGAUCAGCCGAUCUAUGGCAGAACCGUCCGUCACACAAGUCCCGCGUGAGCUUCGACGCAUCCCGACACAAUGGAAAAGAAAAUGACAGUCAGAGAAGAAGAUUCUCGCUAAACUCUAGGAGAGGCAACAGCUCCUCAUUUCUUGGUGACGACGACGAAGGGGACCUAGGGUAUGCUGCGAAUGUAGACCUGGAUGGUAACACCAAGAAGGUGAUUGUGGAGAGGCUGGAAAUGGUGAAGGCCAGGAAUCCUGUGUUCACGUGGUGUUAAGUGUUUGAUAUUGUAUAUAUAGGGCAUGAGGGUUAUGGUAAGACGAGAGCUCGCAUAUGGAUGGGUUCCCAAUGGCUGUUGCAUCUGUGUGGCGUCAAUCUAGUUCUGGGGUUGAUAUCUGUUAUGGUACUACGUACCCAAGGGACCUGGAUUGUAUUACUAAAUUCGAAGCCUUCCAUCUAUGCAGGC